AUGGAAAUAUUGGAUAUUGGAAGAUUGAGGUGGAAAUUUAAAUCUAACGCUAUGCGAGGCUUAAAGAAGGACGAGUUUGAGAAGGUUGUCGCUAAGCUACAGAAGUAUAUUAAAGAUGUUGACGAGUUGCUCAACAGAACAGACGAUAAAUCAUCACUUGCAAAACACGCAGCAUCAAUACAAAGGAAGCACCUGCUAAGCUUCGGUGUUUGCAUAGGCCGCUUCUCGAAAACUAACAAGUUCAGGCUACACAUUACUGCAUUAGAUUUCUUAGCGCCUUACGCUAAAUAUCGUGUGUGGUUGAAGGCAUCAGCUGAACAACAGUUUCUCUACGGUCAGAAUGUCGUACGUUCUGGACUGGCCAAAAUGUCGGACAACACACCGCAAUAUUCUGGUGUGGUCGUCAUGAAUAUGAGUGAUAUGCCUAUAGGUUUUGGAGUUGCAGCAAAAUCGUCUUUGCAAGUGAAGAAUACAGAUCCUAUGACAAUAGUUCUUUUCCACCAAGCUGAUGCUGGGGAAUAUAUAAGAUCAGAGGAGACAAUUGUAUAG